CUCCUCUCUCACUUUCGUUCCCCUCCGCUGCCUUCGCUUCGGUUUGCUCUCCCUCCCCACCUUGAACCCCCACUUCUCCCCUCCCUCUUCUCUAGGGUUUAGCGGCCGUGCUCGCUCACUUGCUACUCCGGCAGCGGCUUCGGGUGGGCGGGCGGGCGAUGGCCGCGCGGCCGGCCGUCGCGGCGGCGGCGGCGGCGGCGGUGGCGCUGGUGGUGGCCGCCUCCGCGCUGCUGUGCGCCUCGGCGGCAGCGGCAGCGGCGGGCGGGCCCCACAUGGCGGACCUCAGCGUGCUGCUGCCCCCGCGCAUGACCAGGCCCGUCGAGUACCGACUCGUCGGCGGGGACGGCUGCUUCACCUGGUCAUUGGAUCAUCAUGAUAUUAUAUCAGUUAAGCCAGAGUACAACGACAGCAGCAGAUGCUCAACGAGCGCUCGUUUGGCAUCAAUCGCCCCUUACAGUGGCCGCAAGGAGACCUCUGUCUACGCCACUGAUAUUAUUAGUGGAAUCACAAUACACUGCAAAGUUUUCGUCGACAAAAUCUCUCGGAUCAGGAUUUUCCAUCAUUCUGUUAAAAUUGACCUGGAUGAAAUCGCCACAUUGCGUGUUCAUGCCUUUGAUGAUGAAGAAAACGUGUUCUCGACAUUGGUGGGAUUGCAGUUUAUGUGGCAGCUUACCCCGACGACGCUUGAUAACAGUAACCAUCAUCUUGCUCAUAUUCCACUGAAAGAAACACAUUUAAGUGACUGCAGUGGUUUUUGUGUUGAGAUGAAUGCGCGGUUUGAGCUUGAAGAUAGGGAUCUUGGUUCUGAUUUCUUUGUUGUGAAGGGUGUUGGGAUUGGCCAAGAGGUCGUUAGUGCUCAGUUAUUUGAACCACAGUUUGAGCAUGUGAGUGACACGAUCACUUUAACUGUCGCUGAAGCUAUGUCGCUAGAGCCCCCAUCACCCGUCCUUGUAACUCUUGGUGUCUUGGUGAAUUUCAAACUCAAAAUUUUUCGACAAAAGAUUGCCCAAGUGGUUAAUUUACCAUCACAAUACCAUCUUUGGCAUGUGAAGAACUCUUCGGUGGCCCAAGUGGAUAGUUCCUUGGGUGUUGUACAUACUUUGAGUCUGGGAUUUACUGAUGUCGUUGUUGAAGACACAAGAGUUUCUGGCCACCAACAAGUAUCAUCUCUACGUGUUGUUAUUCCACGGACACUCUUCCUCUAUCUAGUUCCUGUCAUGGAUGAUUCUGGUCAUUUUCAUGGGAUAACAAGUAUUCCAUCCUCAGAAGUGUGGUACGUUUUUCCUGGUCAAAAGUAUAUGGUUCUUGCGAAAGCUUUCGCAGAGGGAUUUGAUGCUAGAGAGAUAUUUAUUACAGAGGAAAACAAUCUUAGAUUGGAGAGCAGCACAGUGGAACUUUGGAACUUAUCACAGGUUCCAGAUAACUCUUUAGGUUCCUAUGAAGUGCAAACUUCUAGAUUGCUAUUCCCCAUUUCUCAGGGAGAAGGAUAUUUAGUUGCUGCCUUAACCUACCAAGCAGAGGCAUCUGGAUCAGCAAAGGUUCUCAAGCUGCUGCAAAAAGUUAAUGUAUGCAGUAAAGUGAAGGCAACCUGGGAUGAGGGAACGGAUAACUCCAAUAUUAUUUAUCUACCCUGGGUUCCUGGAGUUUAUCAGGAGGUCGAACUGAUGGCAGUUGGAGGUUGUGGUAAGACGCCGGAGGACUACAAGUUAUUUUCGUCUGAUGAAAGUGUUGUUUCUGUGUCUGAUUCCCAUACUGUGCGUGCUAAAAAGCCUGGUCAAGCUGUCAUCAAAGUAGUUUCUACCUUUGAUUUCCUGAAUUUUGAUGAGAUCAUUAUUGAAGUAUCCUCUCCUUCAGCACUGGCUAUAUUGCCAAUCUUUCCUGUGGAGGUGGCUGUUGGAACACAACUUCAUGCUGCUGUGGCAUUUAAAACAUCUAAUGGACACCCGUACUCGAGAUGUGAUUAUUUUAAUGCUUUUAUAAGGUGGAGUUUACUAUCUGAGAAUCAAACUUUUGAAGUUGUUGAUGCAUCCGAGGCUUUGACUGUUGAGGCCUUAAAGCAUCAUAGUGGUUCUUCGGCACAAUAUGGCAAUCCUUGUGCCUGGAUAUCUCUAAAUGCAUCUGCUGCUGGUCGAGCCACAAUAGUUGCGACGUUUUCCUCCGAGUCUGAUUCCUAUUUUGAGACUUUUAAUGAGCCUAUUUUUCUGAAGGCCACAUCAAAAGUAUCUGCAUAUUAUCCUCUUCUGGUACUCCAAGCAGGAAAUGGAAACCAGUUUGGUGGUUACUGGGUUGACUUAUCUAGAUUACAGAGUGGAAUUCAGAAUAUGGGUAACAACUCUCCCAUGGAGCUGUACUUGGUUCCUGGAUCAACCAUGGAUGUGUUUCUCUUUGGAGGGCCUGAACAGUGGGACAAAGUGGUUGAUUUUGUAGAAACUGUUGAUGUUGUUGGCGCACUAGAAAAUUAUAUCAUUGGCUCUACUGCUGUGCAAAAAAUAUCUAGUGGACUAUACCGAGUUUCUUGCCAAAGCAAAGGGAUCUUUAAACUGUUGUUUUCGCGCGGAAACAUGAUUGGGAAGGAUCAUCCUGUGCCUGCUGUUGCCAAAUCAGAGCUAUCGAUUGUUUGUGACUUACCAUCAGCAGUAACAUUGAUUGCAAAUGAAAAUGAAAACCGGCUUGAUAUUUUGGAAGCGGCAAGUAAAGCUGACCGUAGCCCCAAUAGGCUGCAAGUAUCUCCUGUUGUAAUCUCAAAUGGAAGAAGCAUCCGUCUAGCUGCUGCUGGUGUACAUCAAAAUGGAAGAUUUUUUUCCAAUUCGUCCUCUCUUUGCUUGAGAUGGGAAGUCACUGAAUGUGAGGGACUUGCUUACUUGGAUCAAGACGAAGAUGCUGAAAUGUUAGAACAGUCAUCUUGGGAGAGGUUUCUUGUCCUACACAAUUCGACGGGAAUGUGCACUGCCCGUGCUACAGUCAUUGGCUUUUCUUCCAGAAUUGCUAGCAAAACCCGUGAAGAACACAUGUUUCUUCCAAGUGAACAUGACAAUCUCACAGAUGCUAUUCAGUUGCAGAUUGUUUCUUCGUUAAGAGUCACUCCAGCGUAUGUCUUGUUAGUUUCCCAUCGUGAAGCACAGGAAACCUUAGCUGUCAGUGGUGGCACGUGCUUUCUAGAUGCCUCUACCAAUGACACACAUGUGGUCCAAAUAGUUCAACAUCCAGGGAAGGCCCUAUGUUCCCAGUUGAUUCUUGGUGCUAGAGGCUUAGGCAGUGCUGUCGUGACAAUUCAGGACAUUGGCCUUUCUCCUAGAGUAUCGACUAGUUCUCUGGUUAGAGUUGCAAAUGUUGACUGGAUUCAGAUAUUGUCAGAAGAGCACAUCAGCAUUAUGGAAGGAACCACAAAAGAUUUUCAAAUUUCAGCUGGGACCCAAGAUGGACAAGUCUUCGGAGAUUCUCAGUACAAGUACAUGGGAAUUGAGGUACAUCUUGGUGAUGAAAUUCUGGAUCAUGUUAAUCCAAGCGAGUCGCUGGAUGGACCAAAAUUUUCAGUUAAAGCUGCAAAAACUGGGACAACAUCUCUUUAUGUUAGUACUAAGCAACGCUCUGGGCAAAGAGUUUUGAGUCAGGUUAUAAAUGUGGAAGUGUACAAACCACUGCGAAUACAUCCUGAGUACAUCUACCUCACACCGGGUGCCUCUUUUGUGCUCUCUGUUAAAGGUGGUCCGAAGAUUGGAGUUUCCAUUGAGUACACAAGUUUGAACGUGGGAACGUUGGAAGUUCAAAGUGCUACUGGAAAGCUGUCUGCAAAGACUGUAGGAAACUCUACUGUACGUGCAGCUGUUUUGGCAAAUGGUGGCACCGUCAUUUGUGAAGCUUUUGGAAGAGUUGAAGUGGGUAUCCCAGUGGCUAUGGCAUUGAGUACUCAAAGUGACCGUCUUUGUGUUGGCUGUAGCAUGCCAGUCUACCCUUCCGUGCCUAAGGGGGAUCCAUUUUCCUUCUAUGAAACUUGACUUGAUCAAGGUCUUUAUUCAGAAGGAAAAACCUAUCCAUGGUUAUCCAAUGGAAGUAGCAAUGCUUUUAUCAAUCAUGUGAUUGGAAGAUCUGCAGGGAAAACCAAGAUAUCCAUUUCAGUUACUUGUGAUUUCUCGCUACAUGGCAGUUCUGGAUCUGUAUCUUAUGAUGCCUCCAAGACAAUCCUGGUCGUACCAGAUCCCCCCCUUGCACGUGGACUUCCUAUAACAUGGCUAUUACCACCCUUUUAUACCACCACAGACCUUUUACCUAGAUCCGUUAAUUCAUUUGGAGAACAAGACUCAAAUGGCCUGGAUACUACUAUUGGAUAUUCUCUGUUAAGGAGCAGUGGUAGAAGUGAUCCUGCUAUGCAGAAUGCUAAUGCUAUUGAUGGAAGUAAAAUUAGGACUGGAGAAAGCAAUGCAAUUGAUUGUAUUCAGGCAAAAGAUCACUCAACUGGCAGAACAGAAAUAGCAUCAUGCCUACGAGUUGCUGAGGUUGCACAAGUACGGGUAGCUGCUGCAGAAUCAUCAAUCCAGACAGCCUAUCUUUCUGUAAAUGAUAAAGUUGAACUGGAUGUAAAAUAUGCUGAUGAAUUAGGUUAUACCUUUAGUGAAGCACUUGGAGUAGCACCUGUGAAGAUUGAGACAAACUAUCCUGAUGUUUUGUCAAUUGUCAUGCCCAGAGAUGUCAAUGGUACAUAUGGCGCACAUCAACGUUUUGUGCUACAGGCGAGAAGCCAUGGGACAGCUCUUGUAAGGUUGCACAUCAACCAUCCUUCCAGAAAAUCAGAUUUCAUAAUGGUAUCUGUUGGUGCGCGAAUGUAUCCUAGAGAUGUGGUGAUUCAUUCUGGCCAACACCUGAACUUUACUAUUAUCGGGGACCGCAUGGAUGCGCGUGGACCUGGCCAGUGGUUAAGUACCAAUGAAAAAGUUAUGCAUGUUAAUCAAAUAACUGGUGAAGCACAUGCACGUGGUGAAGGUAUAGCAGAAGUGAUUUUUAAAGGCCCAAAUCUGAAGUUGCGAACAACUGUCAAUGUGCUCAAGGUGAACCAGAUAGUUGUUGAUGCUCCUGCGGAGAUUCUGACGAAUGCUGCUGCCCCACCUGAUGGAUACAAGUUCUCUGUGAAAUUAAGUGAUUCAGCCGGGCAUAGCACAGAGUCCUCUGUGAAUCAGAUAAAUGCCCCAUUUGACUGCAAGGUCGAACCUUCUUUUGUUGGGUUUGUUGAGCCAUGGAGUGACCGUGCUGUGAAGAAAUCAUACUGUGUAUUUCAUCCGUACUCGCCUGCACAGCUGUUGCCUGUUAAGUCGAACCCAAAAGACGGAAUUUUACACAUUUCAGUUCGUGCAAAUCUAAAAGAAGAUUCAAUGGUGACCGGAUCUGCACAUGCACUGUUUGUCAAAGGGUUUUACAUUAAAGAACCUGGAAUGUUAAACUUGACUCCAAGCUGCAACCAUAGCGUCAUCAUUAUUGGAGGGAACACUGAUGUUGAGUUAUUUUGGAGUGCUAAAGAUUUAAUGUCGGUCAGUCUUGUUGACACAAAUGAGAACAUUGGUGGUCCUAGUCAAGUUGUUUACCGGGUUGAAGCACUCAAAAGGCAACCUUUCGCUGACAAGGUCACUAUAAUUCUUCCAGCCACUGGCCAGACUGAAGAAUUAGAAGUUAAUUAUGUUACAGGAGACAGAACAGAGCCAUCGUCGUCGUCAGGCUUAACCACAUUUGGUCUUAUCCUCACAUGCAUCAUCGUGCCAGCAGGUACACUCUGGGUCAUCAUGAAGCUGCUGGAGAAACCGGCCCGACAGGCACCACCACGGCACGCGCCGGCACCAGCAGCGGGGCCUGCCGCUGCGCCUGACCCUGCCUCCCCGGCUAUCGGCGAGUUCUCUCCUCGCACGCCCCAGCCUUUCAUGGAGUACGUGAGGAAGACUGUCGACGACACGCCUUACUACAAGCGUGACGCGAGGAGGCGAUUCAACCCUCAAAAUACGUACUGAGCGCAUGUAAACUGGGCAGUAGAGUCGCUUCUGGCAUGUUUCCCCCUUAGUGUAUGAUUUAGACGGGUAGCCCUGUUAUCCCUGUACUGUAAAAUCCGUGUAUUGUUGAUACUACGCUGUCAAUUUUCGAGUCGUGGCGGCAUCUGUACGAGCAAUGGUUGGUUCUGUUUUUGCUUAGAGCUAUAGAGCUAGAGAGAUCAUUCAACCAAUAGCAGUUCCUCUUUGUAAUAGCUUUGUAAUUGUAAGAGCCUGGGAGCUCUGUAUGUAAAUGGAGUGUCUCUUCCACCUCUCCUAAGCACCA